AUGGUUCUCAUCCUACAUUACAUAGAUGAAGCAAGUUACAAGGAUUUGUUUCCAAAAGUUCAUUAUAUAAGAGGCACAAGGUCUAGUCGGUGGAGACAGACUGACAUGUUUUGCGGCUGGACGAGCUUAACAGAGACACUGUCGGACCAGCACUUGGACGGCAGAUCCUCGUGCAAGAAUGUGCAAGACACCCGCAGUGAAUACAUUGCCGGGCUGCGAGAUCGUCCUUCGUGCAGAAUCCUCUUGGGCUCUGAAAUUCUGGCAGGAAGCAAGGUCGCUGCAGUCAAGCCGUGGAGAAGAUGA